GAUCAUAUCCUGUAUUCAUUCUUGGAGGAUUUAUAUAAUUUUAUGUAAAUAUUACUGUCACAAGAUUUUAUUUAUAAGAAUUAUAUAUAUGGGUUAGGUAAUAGCACCAAAAACUUGAAAUAGCCAUUGUGAUUUGGAAUCUUACCUUGCUUCCAAGAUGGGCCAGAAUUUCAGUAUCAUAAGCGGUAGGCCAAACUGUUGAGCUCAGAAAAUCACGCCACAGAGACAGAGCCAUGGCGCUCACUUUUCUCUGGCUGAUGCUUCUGGCUCACGCAGGUUUGGUCAGCCCGCAAGCCUCUCCCCAACAACCACCCAAGACCAUCUUCAUCCUGGCCGGCCAAAGCAACAUGUCCGGCCGAGGCGGCGUCAUCAACACCACCUGGGACGGCCUCGUUCCGCCGGAGUGUCGGCCCAGAGCUUCGAUCCUGCGCCUCAGCGCCGAGCUCCGGUGGGAGGAGGCGGCCGAGCCCCUCCACCGGGACAUUGACGUGUAUGCCGUUUGUGGGGUCGGGCCCGGAAUGGCGUUCGCCAAUUCCGUGCUGCAGAGGCACGCCGGCUUCGGUGUGGUGGGGUUGGUGCCCUGCGCUGUCGGCGGAACCAAGAUAAGCCAGUGGGCCCGCGGGAGUAACCUGUACAAUCAGCUGGUCCGGCGGGCGGCGGCGGCGGCGCAAGGAGGUGGCGCGAUCCAAGCGUUGCUAUGGUACCAAGGCGAGAGCGACACCGUGAACGAAGAGGACGCGCGGCUGUACAAGUCCCGGCUGCAGCAAUUCUUCAUGGACCUGCGCGCCGAUCUCCAGUCGCCACUACUACCAAUAAUUCAGGUGGCAUUAGCAUCGGGGCAGGGGAGGUACGUGGAGGAAGUGAGGGAGGGACAGAUGGGAAUAGACCUGGCGAACGUGAGAUACGUUGAUGGGAAGGGAUUGGAGUUGGAGGCUGAUCACGUGCACUUGAGCACUGCGGCCCAGGUUCGCUUGGGCCAAAUGCUGGCCCAUGCAUUUCUCCAGACUCAACCCAACCUUGUCCACCUCCACUCCAGUCAUGCUCAUCAUGCAUCCAAACCACUCCACACUUUUCUUCUUCACCUUUUGAAGCCGUUUCUCAUCAUUUCUUUUAGCACAAAUAAAAUAAUUGCCUAUAUUGUAUAUGAAUUUUAACCCUCUGUUCUGAUUCCUCUUAAUGUUAUUAUUUGUUUGUGAUUAAUUAAUUAA